AUGACUAGGGUUGGUGGCAGGUUUCAGGAUUCUAGGUCUCCUAUUCGAAGGUGGGCACCGUCCAGUCAACAUAUUAAACGUGGAAAGUCAGAUAUGGACAUGGAUUUCGCCGCUCCGGAUUGGAAAAGCAUGGAGCUGACCAAGUUUGAAAAACACUUCUACCAGGAACAUCCACUGUCAGCUUCUAGAUCUGAAGCAGACGUUGAGGAAUUUCGUAAGAAGUACAAAAUGUCGCUUUCGGGGAGAGAUAUCCCACGUCCCGUACUGUCAUUUAAUGAGUUGAACGUUCCUGAUUAUAUACUUAGUGUCAUUGCCAAAAAUGGUUGGCAGCUUCCGACUCCUAUCCAGUCGCAGGGUUGGCCAAUGGCACUCUCUGGACGCGAUGUUGUUGGGAUAGCACAAACGGGUUCUGGGAAAACGGCUUCUUUUUUACUGCCAGCUGUCAUACACAUCAUGGCACAGCCUCGAUUAAUGCGUAACGACGGGCCAAUAUGUCUGGUACUCGUUCCUACCAGGGAACUUGCACAGCAAGUACUUACUGUAGCAAAAGAUUUCGCAGAUGCAGCGAGCCUGCGAGCGAUGUGUUUUUACGGUGGUUCUUCUAAAGGCACUCAGCUUCGUGAAAUGCAAAGAGGUGGUGAAAUUUGUAUAGCUACGCCAGGCCGUCUCAUUGACUUCAUUAGGGCGCAAAGAAAUUUGCUCUCACGUGUUACUUAUCUAGUUCUGGAUGAAGCCGAUCGAAUGCUAGAUAUGGGAUUCGAACCUCAAAUCAGAAAAAUAAUAAGUCAUAUACGACCGGAUCGUCAAACACUUAUGUGGUCUGCUACUUGGCCAAGAGAAGUGCAAACUCUAGCGAGGGAGUUCCUUACCGACUACAUCCAGGUGAACAUCGGUUCAGCGUCAUUGCACGCCAACCCGAAUAUUACUCAAAUAGUCGAGAUAAUGGAUGAUUGGAGCAAGGAGCAGCGACUGAUCACACUCCUAGCCGGCUUUGGCAGAGCUAGAACUCUCGUAUUUGUUGAAACCAAACGCCGAACUGAUCAACUGGCAAAUUCCCUUCGGCGUCGCGGGUUCUAUGUUGAAUCAAUGCAUGGUGGUAAGCAGCAAAGAGACCGCGAAUUAACACUGGCUGAUAUUGACAAUAUAGAGUACGUGGUGAACUUUGAUUUCCCCAAUCAAACUGAAGAUUAUAUUCAUCGGAUUGGCCGCACUGCACGAAGUGAUAAAACGGGGACUGCAUUUACUUUUUUUACUCACAAGAACUCAAGACAAGCUCGCGAACUUAUCGAAAUAUUAGACGAGGCCAACCAAGAAAUCAGCCAGGAGCUCAUUCAGCUGGCGGGAAUGUCCAGCUAUUUGCGAAAGUCUGGGGCGAUCAAAAAACAUCCCUCAGCCUUUCAACAAAAGCCACCUGGUCGUGUAACUGGCUUUGGAAAUAUAUCAAGCUAUCCAACACAAGAUAUAAGAGCUGUCAACUCCGGAAUUGCAUAUCCGCAUGGCUCGUCUUUAAUGAAUAAAGGAAAUUCAGCUGCUGAGAACUCGUUCCCUGGGUCGUUCAAAUCCGUCUCUAGCGACCAGCCUAGUAGUGGUCGCAAAACUGUGUUGGGUAGUGUCCCAACUAGUCAGGUACCUGCGUAUGGAGGAUUAUCACAGUCUAUUCCUGUGAAUGAUAAUCGUCUCAGUGAGACUAACUAUCUGAAACCUAGUGUAACAAACGUAACAGAGACAGGAAAGUGGGAUAGGCGCACAGCUAGUACAGAUAAAGUUGGUUCUGUAAUGGCUGCGCCCGUAUCCCUAGUCCAGAAUUCAAGUACAGUUAGUGAAACUGUUGAUCAGUGGCCCACUAAUCAUUGGGGCAACGGCACCAGUCAGGUCCAACAGCACUGGAAUCCAUCAGCCAGCGACGUAGCCACUGGAGGUUCAUUUCAGCGCCCUGUUGGUCACAGUCUUAAGCGACCAACUCUUAUGGAUCCAUCUUCAUCUCAUAUCAGUCUUAUGAAUCCCAGCAGUGACAUGCCCACAUCGGGUGUUAGAUCUCGAGGUUCCAUGGGGAACCCCAAACAAAGCUGCCCCCCGACAAAUGCCCCACAGUACGUACAGCAGUGGCCGGGUUUUGCUGCAAAUCCAUAUUCAUAUUCUACACCGUCUGCUCCGGGUACAGACACAUCUACAUCCAAUUGGGGUAGUGGAUGGGCCCCAAGUUUCCACGGAAAUUAUUAAAUGAUAACAAGCAACAUUUGAGACCUUGUGUUGUUUUCGAUUUAUUUUAUCGACUUUUUACCAAGGGGCUGUCAGCUUUGUUCCUGUACAGCCUCCUGCAAUAUUGUUUCUUUCUUCUGCAUUCGUACCAUGCUGGUACGAACCCAAAAUUGUAGUUCCAUGCAUAAUUUCCAUUAAAACCAAGAAAGCGUUAUCUG